AUGGCCGAGACACUCGUCAACCUCCUUGUUGAACAAUUGGGUUCAGUUGUUUACCACCAUGCAAGUGAAGGGGUGAAACUGGUUUUGAAAGCUAAGAAGGACGUUGACAAGUGCAGAAGCACCCUCAAACUUAUCCAGAAUGUGCUUCACGAUGCCGAGAAGAAGCAAGUGGAGGAUCCCGCAGUGAGAGACAGGUUGGAUCAGCUCAAAGACGUGUCGUACAAGAUGGAUGACGUGCUAGACACUUGGAACACUGAAAUUGGGAAACGAGAAGCUAAGAAACAAGAAAGUCAAGGUUCACAUGAGGAGCCUAUAACUUCAUCUUUCGUUGAAAUAUUGACCAUCUUUGGGCGAGAAGUUGAACAAGAGAGUUUGGUGAGUGAGUUGUUAGGGAAGGGGAAGCCCGGCCUUGUCAUCCCCAUUGUAGGGAUGGGAGGAUUGGGGAAAACAACUUUUACCCAGUUAGUCUUUAAGGAUGCACGAGUUGAAGCCCAUUUUGAUAUCAAAGCAUGGGUUUGUGUCUCAGACCCUUUUGAUGUAAUCAAGAUUGCAAAAGAAAUCCUUGAACAUGUCGGUGGAGAAAAAUCUAAAGAUAGUUCAAAUGUGUUGCAAAUAUUAUUAGAAGAGAUCAAGAAACAUAUCAAGGAUAAAAAGUUUCUCCUAGUCCUAGAUGAUGUGUGGACAGAAAAGCAAAGAGAGUGGGAGAGGUUGAGUUUACCACUACGAAUGCAAAGCUGUUCUGAAGGCAGUAGAAUUCUGGUGACCACUCGAAAGCAGGAGGUUGCUCGAAUGAUGAGAGCAACUAGGGACAUGAUCACUUUGGGAAGUUGA